CAAACAAACAAGAAGGAAAGAAAGACAGAGAAGGCAACAUAGAGAAGAAUUGAGAGAGAGAGAGAGAGACACCGGAGACGGUGGUGGAGGAAGUGCUCGUCGUCAUUAGGGUUUGAUCCAAUGUAGGAAAACCCUAAAGUGUACGAGAUUUCGCUCUCUUUCUUGUUUCUCCUCGAAUCUCCACAAUUUUCUCCAUCUGGGUCUUGAAUAUUUCCUCUUCAAAAUCCUCCCAUUUCAUACCCCAUUGUUGAGUGCGUUCAAUGUUGCAUCUGGGUCCUCCGAGGUUCGUUCAAUUUUGCUUUCAUUUUCACUUUUUCGAUCUCCGAAAACAUUUUACAUGUUUUUGCCAACUGGGUUUUGUUUUAUAUUCCAAAGAUGAGCUUUUAUGGUAAUCUCUUCAUGUCUGGUAUGAAGAGUUAAAGCUAAACCAUGGCUGAUAAUGAGGGAAUGCUUUGCAUUGCAAUUGUCUUUUGCCUCUUGAACCUGGCUUUUAGUGUUACAGACCCUAAUGAUGCCAAAGUUCUUAGUGAUUUCAAAAAAGGGUUGGAAAAUCCAGAUCUCCUGAAAUGGCCAAACAAUGGAAAUGAUCCUUGUGGCCCUCCCACAUGGCUUCAUGUGUUCUGUUCUAAGGGCAGAGUUACCCAAAUUCAGGUUGCCAAUUUGGGUCUUAAGGGUACCCUCCCUCAGAACUUUAAUCAGCUCACAAAACUCUACAAUUUAGGUCUUCAAAAGAACCAUUUCUAUGGGAAGUUGCCCACUUUCAGUGGAUUGUCUGAACUUCAAUAUGCUUACUUGGAUUUCAAUGAAUUUGAUACAAUCCCCGCUGAUUUCUUCCACGGGCUUACUAGUGCUCGUGUCCUCGCUUUGGAUGAUAACCCAUUUAAUGAAACUAACGGAUGGUCUAUACCCGAUGAAUUGGAGGAUUCAAUUCAGUUAACAAAUUUUUCAUGUUCAAGGUGCAAUAUAGUUGGACCCUUACCAGACUUUUUGGGAAAAUUGCCAUCUCUGAGUGCAUUGAGACUUUCGUAUAAUAGAUUAUCCGGCGGGAUACCCAAAAGUUUCUAUGACGCAAUGUUGCAAGUUUUGUGGUUGAAUGAUCAAGAUGGUGGUGGAUUGACCGGUACAAUUGAUGUAAUUGGCUCGAUGGUCUCUCUCAGGCAAGCUUGGCUUCACGGUAACAGCUUCACGGGUUCAAUUCCUGAUAAUAUUGGAGAUUUGACUUCUUUGAAAGAACUCAACCUUAACAAAAACGAGCUUGUUGGUUUGAUUCCACCGAGCUUGGCCACUAUAAAUCUGAAGUUACUGAAUUUAAACAAUAAUAUGCUAAUGGGUUCAAUUCCUAAGUUCAAAGCUAAUGUUGUAACUUUCUCUUCGAAUUCAUUUUGCCAAUCAACUCCUGGGGCACCAUGUUCUCCUCAAGUCAAUGCGCUUUUAGAUUUUCUUCGUGCUCUGAAUUAUCCUUCGAAUCUUGCUUCUCAGUGGACCGGUAAUGACCCGUGUAAAGGACCAUGGUUGGGGUUGAGUUGCAAUACAAAAGGUGAGGUUACUAUUAUAAAUUUGCAGAAGCAAGGGCUUAAUGGUACUCUCAGUCCUUCACUUGCAAACCUACCUUCUCUGAUGGAAAUUCAUCUUGGAGGAAACCAUAUAAGUGGCACAGUCCCGACAAAAUUGUCUGAGUUGAAAUCUUUGAGAUUGUUGGAUAUAAGUGGAAACAAUUUUCAGCCUCCAUUACCCAAAUUCCCUAACAGUGUUAAAUUCAUUACUGAUGGUAAUCCGCUAUUGGUUGCUAAUCGGACUAAGGGACCUCCCCGUCCCUCACCAAUUAGCACUCCAUCAGCUCCUUCACCUGUUAGCGUCCCAUCAGCUCCUUCACAAUCACCAAAUGGCGGCCCAUCCCCUCCUUCACAAUCACCGUUGCCCAAUGCCCCAUCAACAAAAGGUUCAAAUUCUAGCUCACCUAGUCAUAUUGAAAAGCAAGUUGAUCCAACAAAUCAUGCAAGGUAUAAUCUAGUUGUCAUUGUAGCAGCCACAAUUUCUGUAAUGAUGAUCCUUCUGUCGGUUCUUUUAGCUCUGUUCCUCUUUAAGAAGAAGAAAGACACCAAAGCGAAGCCAAGUGCCGUUGUGGUCCACCCUAGAGACCCAUCUGAUCCUAAUAACAUUGUUAAGGUUGCAGUCUGUAAUAACACCCCCAAAAGCUUAGAAUCUGAAAAUGGAAGUGGUAGUGGAAGUGAAAAUGGUCACAUGAUCGAGCCUGGAAACCUGGUCAUUUCGGUUCAGGUUCUUCGACAGGUGACUGACAAUUUUGCACCAGAAAAUGAGCUCGGCCGUGGUGGUUUUGGUGUUGUUUACAAGGGCAUGAUCAAAGAUGGGACUAAAAUAGCAGUUAAAAGAAUGGAAGGUGGGGUGAUUAGUAGCAACGCUUCUGGAGAAUUUCAGGCUGAAAUCGCUGUUCUAUCUAAGGUCCGACACCGGCAUUUGGUGUCUCUUCUAGGCUAUUGUAUUGAAAGCAAUGAGAGGCUCUUGGUUUAUGAAUAUAUGCCUCAGGGUGCUCUAAGUAGGCAUCUUUUCCAAUGGAAGAGCUUGAACUUGGAGCCUCUGUCUUGGACUCGGAGGCUGUAUAUUGCUUUAGAUGUUGCUAGAGGGAUGGAGUAUCUUCACACACUUGCACAUCAGAGCUUCAUUCACCGCGACCUUAAAUCUUCAAAUAUUCUUCUGGGUGAUGACUUUAGGGCCAAAGUUGCUGAUUUUGGGCUAGUGAAACUUGCUCCCGAUAGGGAAAAGUCUGUUGCAACUAGGCUUGCGGGAACAUUUGGAUACCUUGCACCCGAGUAUGCUGUGACAGGAAAAAUCACAACGAAAGCAGAUGUUUUCAGCUUCGGAGUGGUGCUGAUGGAAAUUUUGACAGGAUUAGCGGCACUCGAUGAGCAUCGUUCUGAAGAGAAUCGGUACUUGGCCGAGUGGUUUUGGACAAUAAAAUCAAACAGAGAGAAGCUAUUGGUUGCAAUUGACCCGGCUCUUGAAGCGAAUGAGGAGAUUUUUGAUAGCAUUUGCAUCAUAGCUGAACUGGCUGGACAUUGCACGGCUAGAGAUCUGAACCAUCGGCCUGAUAUGGGUUAUGCGGUGAAUGUUCUGGCCCCGCUGGUUGAGAAAUGGAAACCAUUUGUUGGAGAAAGAGAGGAAGAAUAUUCUGGCAUCGUUUACAAUUUACCCCUUCCUGAAUUGUUAAAGGGCUGGCAAGAAGCAGAUACAAAAGAUUUCACUGGUGAUAGUCAAAACGACAGCAAAGGAAGUAUUCCAGCGAUCCCAACUGGAUUUGCAGAUUCCUUCGGUUCUGCAAAUUGUAGAUGAUGAUUCAAGGGAACUUCGCUAGUAGGAAUGUUAUCCUCCACGUUUUAGAUCAGGGGAAAGCAUUUUGUUUCCUGAGGUAACAUUCAACUUUUUGAGUAUCAAUGUCUAAAAACUAAUAUUAAGGGAAGGAGCAAUAUUGUCGUGAGUUCAACCUGCGACUUUGGUGAGUGUCUUUUUCAAGUUCCACCUACCAGCUAUUGGGCGUUCGAUUUUUGUUAUGUUUGUAAGAAUUUGUGCUUUUUGUUAUGUUUGUAAGAAUUGACCAGGCUGCCACUUGUUAUGUUUAUAGACCAGGCUGCCACUUGACAAUGUGAGUGAGUUUUCACAGAAGGUAAUCCUCAGUAGUCAAAUAAUGAAACCUAAAUUGCCUUCAAAAAUGA